AAAAUUACAUCCAUCCAACAUUCAAAAUGGAAUUAUAUGAUAGUUCGCCAGAUAUUAAUCCCUUUGAUGCCUACUUUGCGGUAACAAAAACACCUGCUGAAGAUACUGGGGCCCAAUUUUUGCAGCACAUGAAGAAGGUUUAUAGUGAUGGAUUUGUUAAUGGAUUUGUUAAUGGCUACAACUACAGGCAAUCAUCCGAACCAAAGGAUCACAACAUAUUCCAUAGCCACACUAACUAUGUUUUGAAUCAAUCUCUUUCUGUGGUUAUCAAGGCCCAGAGGAUACCACAAGCUGGUAUUAUCACCAAGAUAUUUUCUCAAGAGCUCCAAUCAUUUUUCCCGGUUCUGUCCAGUCUUGCCAAAUUGAUUGAAUCAAACUCACUUGGCAAUUAUGUAGCAUCUUCUGAAGAGCAGGCAAUUCUAUGCUCACUUGCUGAAUGCCUACUCUCAACUGAAAUAUCAAAACGGGAUGCAACAGCCAUAAAACCAACAAACCUAUUAGAAAGAAUGAAUGCUGUAAAAGUUUCUUUUGAGAAUUUUGAGAGAAAAUCUGCUCUUAUGGUUUUACUUGCAUUUAACUAUAUUGAUAAACCAUCUCUUGAUCAAGUUGAACAAUGCAUUGAACAUUGUGACUUGAUGCUCUAUAACUCAGACAAGCUAGAACCAAGUGAUCUUACUUGCAUGGCCAUGAUCCUCUUUAAUAUUUAUAAGAAACAACCUUGUUUAGAAUUGCUUGGAGAUGCUUUCAUACUUUCCAGCUUUGCAAAUGUGGUUGAUCCUGUAGGUGCGGAGACUCUUAUGGUGCAGAUAGGAAAUGCAUUCAUUGUAAACUUCAAACAGACAUUUUCUCCACUGUUAUCCCAGGUUGCAGAGUUUCUUUCUCGUAGAAUAUCUACUUCAAAUUUGGGCUCACUGUUGUUCUCGUCUGACACCUUUUGUGAAAUACUGUACAGUAAUAUUAUCAGAAACUUAAGACCAGAAAUUAUUCCAUCAUCUACUUACAAGUUUGGUGAAGAUUUAAAAUGUCUGUCACGAAAAGAGUUCAAAUCGCAAUAUUUCCUUGAAGAUUUAUUACGAAUUGAGAGCUCUAAAGACUCAAACGAGCAGAUGUUGAGCUUGUAUAAAACAAUCAACAAUACGUACCUUUCAAAUGAUUCAUCCCAAACCAAAGCUCACAAACUGGCAUUAGUUUGUCAACUGGUUGUCAAAAAUAAGUUAGAUAUGGAUAGAAAUGAGUUUUUGAAUGCUCUGUUG